AUGUCCAAUAACUCAUCACGUCAUUAUCACUCAUCAUUUUCACCACAAGUAUAUAACCAUAAUUUUCAUGAUCCCGUUGAGAUUUCAAGAUUUAAUCUUCAGCUUAUUUCAUACAACGAUAAUAUGUCUUUCUCCUCUUAUGUUCCACAUAUUGUAACUUCCACACCUUCGCGACGUUCUUCACGUUAUUCUUUCGCUUCAAAUGACUAUAAUACGACGUCCACAACAAAUUCUCCCUCUUCCCCUGUGCAUUAUUCAUCAUCGAAUCUAACAUCCCCAUAUCCUUUCAAUACACCUUAUCCUGCUACCGGCAAUUUCAAUACCAACAUUCCUCCCACAUCAAUAUUCUCUUAUGAUCAAUUCGUGGUACCGCUUCCAUCCCCUACGACGACAACUGUUGGAGCUUACAGAAACCUCCUUCCUCCGAUCCCUCUGCAAAAUGUAACGAUACCACAACCUCAAUUUCCUAAAUUAUCGCAAUCUUUUGAUUACCUGUAUCAACAGGAACCACCUCCACAAAUUUCGCAACCCGUCGAACCUGUUGCACCUUUACCUAUUCCAUCUCGAUAUUCUCUUCGUUCUUGGUCAAGGAAUGAUAAAUGUUGUGCUAUCCUUCGUGUACCAAUCCUAAAGAGGUCUUUCGGCGCUUUUAAAUCCACCAAAAAUCUCGCAAAGGAAUUGGUAGCCGAAAUGGCGAUCGAAGAAUUGAUUAAAAAACAACCCGACGCCGUUUGCGCCGUUGCGAAAUCCAGCGAAAUUAUGGAUAAUUGUCGAGCUAAAAAUUUUAUUAGUAAUAUUAUAAAUGCUAUUGCUGAUGUGGUUGAAGAAGAUACAUCAAUGAUUACGUCCUUUACGACCACAAAUAAAGCACCGUUAUCAAUGACACCCCCUCCGACUUCCACUAUAGCAACUUCAAUUGAAUAUAACAUCAUUAGGGAAGAACCAAAUGAAGAUGAUGAUGUCACGUCAAGUGAUGAAGAAAGUUUGGAGGAUUCCACUGAACAAAGUAUUUCUGAUCACAUUUCUCUUAGUACACCAAAUACUUCCUCUUCUUCAAACGACGAAGAUUUGAAUGAAGAUGAUGAGAAUAACGAUAAAGAUAAUAGUAGUGAAGCAUCAGAUGAUACCAUUGGAACGCAAGAUGGAAUUCCAUGA